UUUUCGAAUGAAGUCACGUUUAAAUCACGUUUCGUCGGCUGAUAAGCCUGGAAACUUUAUCUGGCACGAGCAUGCCCCGAUAUGCAGGGUCAUCCCAUUGACCUCGACAGUGGAGAAACAAAGAUAAACGGGGAUUACCCGAUUUUGAAGUCUUUUUUGGCGGGUUCGUUCUCCGGAACAUUCUCUACGAUCCUCUUCCAACCGCUGGAUUUGGUGAAGACCAGACUUCAGAGCAGAAUUAAUGCCCCUGUCGGAUCGCCAAAAAAUGGAAUGUUGGGCACGGUGGCACACAUCGUUCAGAAAGAGAAUAUCUUCGGACUCUGGAAGGGCAUGACACCGUCGAUAACCAGAGUGAUUCCUGGUGUGGGUUUGUACUUUUCGUCGCUACAGUGGCUGAAACACACCUUCAAUUUGGAAGAACCCCUCACGGCUCUGCAGGCUAUUUCUUUGGGCAUUACCGCACGGUCCAUGUCCGGCGCCUUGCUAAUUCCUAUCACCGUCGUGAAGACUCGAUUUGAGAGUGGUGUUUACAAAUACAAUAGUAUCAGCGAGGCUCUUACGUUGAUCUACAAGCAAGAGGGAGUAAGAGGUUUAUCAAGUGGCUUGGUUCCUACUCUUCUGCGAGAUGCACCUUACAGUGGUUUAUAUCUCAUGUUUUACACCCAAUUAAAAAAUGUGGCUGCCAGUACAGGAGCGACAAACAAUUCGUCGAUACCGGUACACUUUAGCUGCGGAAUCUUAGCUGGAAUUUUAGCGUCGAUAGUGACGCAACCGCCGGAUGUUGUCAAAACGAAGAUGCAGUUGUAUCCGAAUGAAUUCCAUGGCAUUUGUCACGCGACAUUCUUCGUUUACAAAAAGUAUGGCGUUUUAGGAUAUUUCAAGGGUAUCAUUCCUAGAAUGCUGAGGCGGACUUUAAUGACCACUAUGGCUUGGACAGUGUAUGAACAGGUUACAAGGCAAAUUGGUUUGAAGUAAAUACGCUGUUAUACGAACUGUUUUAUAUCAGAAGAAGAUUGUGAUGUAC